AUGAUAGGGAUGACAGACAAGAGCGGAGAUCGCAAAAGGCGCUCACGGAGCCGAAAUAGGAGAGAAAGUGAUGAAGAAUCAGCGCGAGAUAAACGUGCACGUCGUGAGAAAAACGAUGAAAAGGCUGUAGAAGAAGAGAAAGCUGCAGAACCGGAAAAACCUAAAAAAGAGCCGCUGGACCUGUUGAGGACAAGGACUGGUGGUGCCUAUAUUCCUCCAGCUAAACUGCGAAUGAUGCAGGAUCAGAUUAAGGAUAAGGUAUCGUCCAUUCUAUGGAGAUUAGCUUAUAAAUGGAUAGGUACUUAUUUGCUUAUUUUAGAGCAGUGA